AUGCAACGGAUUAGAGGUUUUAGAAUCGGUCACAAGCUCGUAAAGCUCGUCGGAUGGGGACUUCAUCGACGACGAAAAGAUUCAACUUACCUAAGAUUAAACAAGCCCAGCUACACAGCCCGAGCCAUGUCCAAGCUUCGUGGGUUCGCGUGUUCGUUGAAGAAAAGCGCGAAAGACAUAUGUUUUCGCAAGAGUUCGAGUUACAUUCGACUCGGGACGAAAGAAAAGAUUAAGAAUCCGGUUCCAAAAGGGCAUUUGGCAGUGUACGUUGGUGAAAAGGAACAUGAUGCACGUAGGGUUUUGGUGCCGGUUAUUUAUUUUAAUCAUCCGUUAUUUGGGGAUUUGUUAAGGGAAACUGAGAAGGUUUAUGGGUUUAAUUAUGAUGGUGGGAUUCAUGUACCUUGCCGUAUAUCUGAGUUUGAGAAUGUGAAGACUAAAAUUAACGCUGCUGGUGGUUGUGGUGGCGAUAGGUUCCGUUCACGGCGGAGCUGGCGGCUUACUUUGUGA